AUGGGAUCUGUCACUUAUAGAGAUGGCAUUGCUAUCCUUCAGCUCAUCGUUUUUCCUUUCAUCAUUGCGGCAUCUCUAUUUAUCUGGAAGAAAACUGGCUGGAGAGUCGGCAGCAGGAUUUGGCGAUACCCUGCCACUUUAUCCCUCAUCCGCAUUGCUGGCAGCAUCUGCACAUUGUUGACAAUCACCGACAAAUCUCGCAAUAUCAUUAUUGGCGCAUACGUUUGUGAGCUGAUCGGUAUCGCGCCUCUACUCUUGACCUACAUUGGAGUGCUACGACAAAUUGACACGGAAGAGCGAAUCCCUCGUCGGGGGUCAAACCUGAUUGCUAUUGUCACCAUCAUUGGCCUCAUCCUCGGUAUCGCGGGUGUUAGCGAAGCCGAUGAUAAUGGAGAUUACAAGAACAAUCUCACAAUGGCUGCGAUGGGCAUUUUCCUCGCCGUCUUUGUGAUCUUCGUCCUUAUGACCAUUUGGCUCUGGCUUCAAACUCACUAUAACCUGAGAGUGUUUCAAAAGAAGCUGUUCCUCGCUGUUGCCAUUUCUAUUCCCUUCGUUUUGGUUCGUGUCGUCUACUCCGCGCUCAGUGACUACAGCGACAUUUCUCGGUUCCAAAUUAACAGCAGCGAUACUGUUUAUUUGUGUAUGUCGGUCUUGGAGGAGAUCGUUGCCAUGGUCGUCACCGUGGGCUUGGGAACUUCGGCUGUGCUUCAAAGAGAUUUUGUCAAGUUUGGUUCGUCGGAGCAGAGCUCUGAGCCCAAGAUUGAUGCAGUUUAA